GUGGGGCUGGCUGCCCAGACUCCUGGGUUCUCUCUCCCCAGCUUUGGAGGCAGGUUUAGAACCGGGGGGUUGGGAGCCUGGACGCCUGCGUUCUGCCCCAGCCUGGGCUGGAUAAGGGGAACUGGAGGAGGAAGCCCCGGGCGAAGAGGAAGCCGAGCUGCCCCGGAGCCCCGCGAGGGGUGGGGGUAGGGCGGUACCGCCCGCAACAGCUCCUGGGGGGGCGACCCCCCGCAAAGCUGCGAGCUGGUGGACACUAAUGGAGCCGGGAAACGGCGACCGAGCUGGGGCGGAAACCAGGCGUCCGGGCUCCCCGCUAAGCCCCCAAAACCUAACCUGCCCCCGCCCCCUCCCCGCUUUAACCCCGUAGACUCCCAUUCUCUCCUCCCAGAGCCGGGAGAAAGCCCAGGCGUCCUGGCUCCAGCCCCCACUUCUCUAACCACCCCCCCAGCUAGGACACAACCAUGGGGGGGGCCGGCUCCUGCCCCCCCCCCCCUCAAGUCACAUCCUCCAUCCCGGCACUGGCGGGGUGGCAGGUUUGAAGGAGGUGGGGUGCCCCAGAGCCUGGCUCUGUAGGGGGACCUGAGCUCGCCCCCAGUGGCCCUCUUCCCCUCCCCCCUGCCCUCGGGUCCCAGCACAAGACGUGCCUCCUGGCCUGGUGCCCGCGGUGCCUCCUGCCCAUCGCCCUGAGGCUCCUCCAGGAGCUCCGGCUGGGGCACUAGAGGCUGUAAUCUGGGGCUUCUGGGGGGUGCUGGCCCCCACCCCACCAUCCACUAAGCACUGCGGUCCCCUGCACCCCCUGGUGGCAGCGCCUACCUGCCAUGAAGCCACUCUCCAUGGAGCCCAGCUGGGUUGGUGGCUCUAGGCUGGACACCCUUGAGAUUGGAGCCCGAGUCAGAUUUGCUCCCUGGCUUCACCCCAGGAGUUGCCCACCAAACACCACUCACCCCUUGUGCACCCCAGAGCAGGCUGAGCAGACAGACACUGCUGGAGUCUUCCAAGCUUUGAGGCAUCCCUGCUGGGCAGAAGAGUCACCGUCCACUGCCUCCACCACCCCCGACUCCACUGAUGGUGGCACGGAGUCAGACUUCCCUGAGCUGCAGACGGCACGGGAGUUCUCAGAGGACGAGGAUACAGGCUCGCUGGGCUGGGCCACGCCACGGGAGCUGACCUUUUCCUACAUUGCCUUCACCCCUGGGCAUGAUGCCAGCCCACCCCGUGAUGCCCGCACCCGCCGUGACUCUGGGGCCCGGCGCCCACGGGGGGGGCUAGGGGCAGGGCCAGGCCCCACCCCCCCCCGGCCCGAGCCCCCAGGCCCAGCCCUGGGUGACAGCCUAGAGAACAUCCCUAGUCUGUGCCAGUCACCUGAGGGGGAGCGUGGGCAGGGCCUGGGGCUGGACCCCUUCUCGGCCUGGGAUGCCCCCCUGCGUUACACCAAUGACCCCGAACCCCUGGAGCCGGGUAACAGCCCCCCCCCCCAGCCUCAGCUGGUGCCCACCACAAAGGCUACUGUGGAUCCUGGAGCCACCAAGGUCACAGAGGCUGCAGCUGGUUCAGAGACAGCUCUUGAGGUGGCCCCGGGGGACCUCCAGCUCACCCCCGCCUUAGCCCUCCACCCUGCUGAGGGCACCCCUUGCAGGGCUGAGGGCACCCUGUCCUCCUCGUGCACCCUUGAAGGCCCUGGCUUCCAGGGCCCCUGGGAUGCCAAGGACCCGCAGGAGGAGAAGGCAUUUUUGGAGAUGGAGCCAAUUCCAGAGCAACGCCUAGAGGAGCUGGACCAGUCAGGGAACCCCAUGGAAGCCUACAACAUGGUGCUGGAGCUGGUGCUGUGGCGGGACAUGCGGGCCUCGGGGAUGGUGCUGACUGGGCUGGUGCUGGCGCUGCUCUGCUUGGCCCACUUCAGCGCUGUGGCUGUGUGCGCCUGGGCUGCGCUGGGCACCCUCAGCAUCACCCUCUCACUGCGGCUCUACCACAUGCUGCUGGGCGCCCUGCGGCCUGGCCACCGCCCCAACCCCUUCCAGCCCCUGCUGGACACAGAUGUGUCGCUGUCCCCAGAGCAGCUGAAGCAUGUGGCUGAGCGCAUAGGGCAGCACAUGGCCGCUGGUGCCCGUACCCUGCGCCACCUCUUCCUUGUCGAGGACCUCGUGGACUCCCUCAAGUUCGCCUUCCUGUUCUACAUCCUCACCUAUGUGGGUGCCGUGUUCAAUGGGCUGACACUGCUGCUCAUGGGUGUGAUAAGUGCAUUUACCUUCCCUGUGCUCUACCGGCAUCACCAGGCACAGAUCGACCAGUACGUGGGCUUGGUGAGGAACCAGCUCAGUCACCUCCGAGCCAAGAUUCAGGCCAAGCUCCCAAGUGCCAAAGCAAAGGCAGAAUGAGCAUCCACCCUGCCCCGCUCCACCUGAACCCCCUCUGCUGCCACCCUGGGCACAAGUUGCCCAUGGGGGGAUGCUUGGCGCUGAUGGGACGGGGCUUACCCAGGGAUGGGCUGGGGAUGGGGGCAGCUUGGUGCUCCGGGGCACGAGCUGGGGCAGGAGCCACUCCCUUACCCAUGCCCACCCCGGCUGUGUGGGGUUUACACUUUAAUAAAAACUCUUGUCACAGAA